CUAAACACCAAUACACCAUACUAUAUAUGUAUUUUACUAGAGUAAAACUAGAGUCUCAUCCUAAAUAUCACGUGAGACCUAAUCAGUGGACCUAAUCUAUGCAAAUACUACAAAGCAACUGUUCCAAAUACCUGUGAUAAGCGCAACUUUUCCCUGGAAUUUUUUGCAACAUUCUCCCGUUUGAGCCGCCAUUUUGACACGCGUUGUACACGUGUUUGCCCACCGUGCUUCCACUUCAAUAUUGGAAAUUUCGAAAAUUCUAAUGCACACACCUCUCUACCUAAUACAGCACCUCUCUAAUGCAUAUCCAUUGCUUAUCUGUAUGAACACAUCAAUUGACAGCUUGCUGUACCAUAUUAGAGAACACAGUGUGUGCACACUAGAAAUCAGCAGGCAGAGUGGGGAUUACAUUUCUAUUUGCCAGCAAGUCAAGACUACUACAGUAUAUGCAUUUCUUCAUGUGCAGGCCUUAAAAUAUCUUUUACAGGCCCGUCUGACAUAAUGUCCGGUGACGUUGAGUUUGGGUCGGACAUAUGUCCGAUGACCUUCAGUUCAGUUUUGACUCGGAAAUAAAUCCGAAUGACACAAAUGAAUAAUGGUAAAUGUUGUAAAGAUAUUAAAUAAUUUGUUUCUUUCAUACUUAUUUCCUCGCCAAAAUUAACUUGCUUGCCAGAACAGCAGUAUUAAAAAAGAUUUCGACCAUUUCGCUCGCCUACGUUAAAACAACAUUUCCAGUUCACCUUUUGUACAAUAGUACUCUGAUUUUCCAUUUAGCGUACAAGCCUCUAGUCCUGGACUAGGGUACAUUAUGUCUGACAAAGCACGAGGUUACAGUUCAGUCGGACACCAAUACACUCGGGUCGGACAAACAAAACACCUCGGUUUCAUUUUGGUCGGACAGAAUGUCCGGUGGUUUCCUCUCUACAUCGGACAAUGUCCGUGACCGACCGAUAUUUUAAGGCCUGAUGUGUUGUCGGCAGUCCCUCCUUUCCCCUUGCACGCCCGGGAAGCUAAACCCGCAGAAAGGAGGGACCACUUGCAGUCUAUAUUAAUUAAACCAUAUCUACUAAAAUUUGCACAAACUGUACCAAUGCAUGUGCAAAUUAACGCAUCUUUACUGCAGUGAUAACGGACACUGAAUAGUUUUAUCUUAAUAAUUUAUUUUGUUUUCUGUGUCAAAAAUGCUAUAAAUGUUUUUAGACAUUCUUCGUUUAGUAUAAGUGACUUAGUUUCUGGUGGCAAAACUUCAUAAAAUGUCUUGCGUCCUUUCCUAAAUGGGUCCGAGUUUGCAUCAUAGAGAGUUUUAAAAUUCUCAAACCAUGCAAUAUUUUUAAUACCAAAGUCUUCUUGCAAUGACAGUGUGUUUAGUUGGUAUGCCAUAAACGUACACACCCGACCAUUUGUGAUAAUGCAUUUAGUUGUCAUUGGUUUGUCGAGAUGUUGCCCCGGGUGGUAGCCUUGUUUCAUUGCCAUGGCAACCAGUUGACUGAACAUAACAUGUAUCCCAUGAUGCAACAUUUGUUCUUGGUUUCGACUCAUGAAAUCUGAAAGAAACAUGGUGGCUGGGUACGGUGUCUUGUGGCCCGAGUUGUAACCAGGGGAGUUUGGUAGGUGAUUGGUCGGGUGUCUGAAUACGCCAAGAUCCACUGGGUGAUAGGGUCCUGGUAGGUCAAUGGCUAUUGUGCUGUUAACAUCUAAAAUUAUCAAGCAAUAUAAAUUAAUUACUACCGGUAAUCAUUUAAGUGACAUUUGGCCCCCCUUGUCUUAUCACUAGUGAUACCCAGAACCCAAUGCUUUACCUUGUUCAAACAAUGGAAGAGGCUUUGCCAUACGUAAGACAUAACCAGGACUAAAUGUGGUUUGAUAAAAGUUAUGAUCACGACACCAAUGUGUACUUAUACACGGUUGAAAGUCGAGAAAACUGUCUUGUACAUUAUCUGCUAAAUGCCAACAUUGUAACAGCAAACUUGGAAAUAAGCUUUCUAGCAAGUCAGCAUCAUAAUUCAUCUUCCAUUUCACGCCUAUCUUUUGGGAAGCUAUGGUUUGCAAGAAUGACUUUUCCAUCCUUUCUUUAAGGAAUGUAAACUGCCCUUUUGACAAGUCGUCCUGGCUAAAUAUGGAGGCAGGCAAGCCUUCUCUUAAACAGGUUUUUGUGAGCCACUGUGCCUUCAAAUCUGCCUGAAAACUGGUCACCUUUGGGUGGACAACAUAAGCUUUCUUCACAACAAAAGGUCGUAUGAUAAUAGGAAUUCCAGUAUGUGGUAUUUCAAAUUUAGAAACGCUUUUUACUAAAGUUUGUGCAAUUUUGGCGGCCAUCUUGGAAAUUUCACACGUGGUGCUUCCACUUAUUGCUCCACAAUUUUUUUCUUAAAGUGGCUACCAUAGGUGGCUACACCUCUAUGGGCUACACGGUGUUGGCCGAUGACCGUAUAAAACUAUAACUGGAAAACGUAUUCGAUGUUUUCACCACAAUGUGAAUACCGUAUAAAGUUAGUUGGCUUAUUGAAUUCAAAACGAUGACCUAACCAGUUGAAACCAGUCGUAAUUUUCAAAUCAGCGCUGGACAAUUUAAUUUUAUAGUGAAAUCGACUGUAAUGGAUAUCUAUGGAACAGAAACAUUAACCGGAAGUUGUUGUUUUCCAUAUAUGGUAUGUGCUUUGCAGGGGCCAUAGGGACCCCCCUAUAAGUGAAACGAAGGCAGGGUAUAUAAAGAAGGCCUUCGAGAGAACAGGUCGGCUCUGAAGAAGCCCAAAGAACGGGAUAAGUUAGUGCUGUGUGUUAAAUGCCUGUACAAAAUGGCAACCAGUCAAAGUAAUGUGGUAAGGGUCUCAAAAUGUACGAUAUGUGUUCUUCGGGUUUUAUUUUGUGCGAUUUUCUAUUAAACGUGAUACAUUUGUGUAUAUAUUAAUUUGUAGUCAAAAGUCUACAAGAGUGUUAUCGACGAAGUCGUAAAAAAUGUUCGUGAGGCUUUUCUCAACGACGGAGUUGAUGAACAGGUCUUACAGGAAUUAAAACAGGUAUAUAAACUGGCAAAAAUCGGAAGACUUCUAUGCAAAAUAUUGCUGCAAAGUUCUCGCAAUCAGCUGAAGUGCUCUGAUGCGAAAAAAAAACAUUUUACUUGUUUCAAAAAGACAACAGCAUCAAAUUGUUCAUAUAUAAACAGCAUUAAAAUUGCCUUUUGAGCUAAUUUAGCAUACAUUUUAAGCAAUUGACUCUUAAUCGCAACGGAAUCUUUGUCCAUUCAAUGCGAAAUGAGUCAUCUGCCUUUGCGCUUUAAGAUUCGAGUAAGCAAAGCCGAAGGUCAACAAAUAAUGUAAGUGAAUUCGCCAAAUUAUUCCAUUCGAACGCCUUUCUUCAUUCUAAUAUUUGCCAAGAAUCGGUCUCGAUCGAAUUAGAUUUUCGUUUCUUUAUCUUUUAUGAACGAUCAUCCGGUAUUUUCAGGAAUACAAUCGUUUGAAUUGUCCAAAGCUGUUAUGUCGUUCGGCCAUCAUGGAUUUAUUUGUGCAAGGCAAGCCGUCCGACAUAUUUAUAUGUGAUUCCGUUCGUGAGACACGUGACCCAGCGCGCAUGGAAUUUUGGGUAAUACUUGCAGUUCGGGGUUUUCCCUGAGUUAAUUUAUAUCUUUGAAAUUGACACCUGCUUUUCUAUUUUAGAUUUGGGAGAGCAAAGUGACCCAGUCAGAAGCAGUUUCUGUUCCAGAACCAAAGCCGAGAGUACUUGCACAAAAUCCGCAAGACAAUUCACAGCAUCAACGCAAUGUUGUUGGUAAACAUACACAGCAGAUUCCCAUGCAACCAGCAAUUGUUAGUCCAGCAAUUGUUAAUCCAGCAAUUGUUAAUCCAGCAAUUGUUAAUCCAGCACCUGUUCCAGGUAGACUGACUUGAGGGGUUUUCCUUACAAAUUAAAAAAAAACGGUGGUAGACACCAUGCAGCAACGUGACAUGUCUGGCAAGUUCCUUGACAUGUCUGGCAUUGACUAAGUAAAUAAUAAAGUCAGAGCACAUUGCAGCUUACAGUGCCGUCUACUGUAAGUGGGGCCACUUAGAGAAUAGUAACCAAUCGCAUUGCAGAACAAAAAAUAAAUCUAAUCAAACUAAAGCUCGUCCAAUCAAAAGAAAGAUUCAGGAUGCCAUUAACUGCAGUGUUUACUUUUACAAGUCUAUUUUUACCGUUUGACAUUCGUUUAUUUGUUCAAAUUGUUUUUGGCCUAAUGCUGAUUGGCUAAUGCGCCGUUUCUUUAUUUUUCAAUUUCUGUUCUGCAAUGUGAUUGGUUAGUGUUCUCUAAGUGGCCCCACUUACUGUAGACGCACUGUAAUGGGUUCAUAUUGGCAAUACAUUAGCAGAUAGUUUAGUGAACCAUUAACCCAUUGAAUGCUAUUCAAGGGCAGAUUUUCAUUUUUUUAAAAGGAGGGGUGGAAAAAUUUCUAGUGGGUUGCAAGCGGUAGCACUGAGCAUUAGGGUUAAAGAUUGCCUUACUAAAAUGUAGGCCUUAAAAUAUCUUUUACAUGGCCGUCCGACAAAAUGUCUGAUGACAGUUUGGGUCGGACAUAUGUCCGAUCGAUGACUCUCAGUUCAGUUUUGACUCGGAAAUAAGUCUGAAUGACACAAAUGAAUAUCAGCACAAUGUAUUAAUUCUGAACGGUAUAUGUUGUGAAGAUAUUAAAUAAUUUGUGUCAUUCAUACUUAUUUCCAAGCCAAAAAUAACUUGCUUGCAAGAACAGCAGCCGACUUUGACAACUUAAGCCCGUUUUCCACUUCACCAUUUCGCUCGCACGUUGCCGCCCCGCGCUCGAUUAGCUACGUUAAAACAACAUUUCCAGUUCACUUUUUAUACAAUACUCAAUAGUCCUCUGAUUUUCCAAUUAACAUACAAGCCUUACUGCUGAUUGAUUUACGUUGGACAAAGCUACAGUUCGGUCGGACACCAAUAUACUCGGGUCGGACAAACAGUAAACCUCAGUUUCACUUAGGUCGGACAGAAUGUCCGGUGGCUUCCUCUCUACGUCGGACAAUUUCACGAAUGGGUCGGACAAUGUCCGUGACCGACCGAUAUUUUAAGGCCUGCUAAAAUGAUAAAAUAGUAGGGGUGAAGCAAAAUUUUGGUGGGGUUGAAUGGUUACUGUCGUUCCAAUUGAAGUGUUCCUCAAAUAUUGAUUCAAUACAUUACCUCGGGCUGAUCAAUUCAUUUGAUCAAGUUCCUAGAAAUAUUCAUACACUUCCUAGUGUAAUUGUAAACUUCCUGUUGAAUAGUUUGAAUGCACCAAUCACCUUUGUUGUUUGUGCAACUAACCAAUCAUAAAUAGAAAGGAAGUGACCAAAAAUGAUCAAAUUCUUGGAAUUGGCUCUUUCACAGGAAGUGUAUGAAUAUUUCGAGGAACUUGAUCAAAUGAAUUGGUCAGCCUGAGGUAAUGUAGUGAAUCAAUAUUUGAGGAACACUUCAAUUGGAACGACAGUAAGAAGAGGGGUUAGAGAGAUUCUAGGGGGCCAGUGAAUCUGUCCAUGAUGUUCAUUGCUCUCCCUGUGACAAGAAAAAUUGUCUGGCAUUAGACAGAGUAAAAUCGUUUGCUAUUACACAGAAUAAAAUAAUAAAGUUGGCCACAAUGUCACUUGAUGCUUAAUAGUAUGCAUGCGAUCAGUACAAAUGUCUGGCAUGUUAGAUGUAAAGUAAUAAAGAGUAAUAUAAAGUAAAAUAAUGGAGUAAAAUAAUAAAGUAAGGUUAUCUUGUAGACAAGCAUAUACACACAAACAAAAUGAAUAAAAAAUAUAUAAAGCUUGUGGCACGGGCAAUACAGAUUGAAAUGUUUGUAUUUUUUCUUUAUUUUACAGCCAAACAACAAGGUCAACAUUUUAUCACUACACAUCCUCAGUACAUGCAACAACCACAUGGCCAGUACCACACUACCACGCAGAUAAUGGUCCCAGGCACUAGUAUCACCACCAUCCCACAGCAGGUGAAAUUUGAUCUCAUUUUAUUUUAUUUAUUACCAAUGUACAAAGAUUCAACAAAUUCUUCAUAUAUUUUCAUUUGUGAAUUGUUUUAGAUCCCACAAACAUCCCAAACAAACCAACAACCAAUACGCCCAGGUACUUACUACAUUAAAAUAUAACACUGAAUAAAAGACAAGCAUAAUUACAUGCUUAACUGUCAAAGUCCACGAGUCUGGCAUUGAAAAAAAAUAGGUACGCAAUGCGUACAUGUGGCUAGCCUGGUAAACUUAACUCCCCAAACCCUCCUCCAAACCCAGAAAGCCUGCCAUGCUGGUUAACUGACACACCACGAUGGUCAGAAUGCGAAAAUUUUCUCCCACUUGUGCGGGCUCAUUUUGUCAGUGGAGUUUCACGGUAUACUUGAAUAACACUUGAAUAAACACAAAUAUGUGAAUUUGCACGCUAGGCUUUUGAAUUUAACGAUUGUAAAAAGUUUCCGUGUGAUCUAUUAGCAAUUUAAAAAAUACCUAAACUGUAAUACUGCCAUAUAUUUAAUCUCGCGUUUGUUAUUUUCUCAGCAGCAGUUUUGCCGUGGAAUUAAAAUUGCGUGUCAUAUGAUAUUUUAAUAGGCAAAUAGCGUUUGAGAUAUAGGCCUAGCAAUAUUAGCAAACAAAUACACUGAAAUCUUGGUUAGCACACCAACUUUUACCACUUUUAAUGCAAUAUUAGUCAACUUAUAAGAGAACGUGAGACAAAUCAUGCUGAAUUAUUCGACUAUAUAACUCCUAAGACAGACAGACGCAAUAAUCCUUUAUAGGUUUAUUACAAAUAUGUAGACAUUUGAGACGCCGUCAAUGUCUGAAGAAAAGGUAUACUUAAAGCCUUCAAAUAAACGAGUUCGAUGCACAGUUUCUGGUCUUUUACCAUAAUUAUCCAAUGCUGGUUUUAUUCGCUGCAUUAUAAACCUCCUCCAAACAAUACCCUUCUUUAAAAUACCAAACAUUUCGAAUGCAAUUGAGAUAUGAAAUCUCAACAAGAAGACAAUUCAAGAUGGGAAAUGGCCCGCAAAUCAGUCAAAAGUGCAAAUCAAAACCCAUAUUUACACGGCGAGUACGCACAAUUUCUGAUCGGUUUCGACACCAUAGGUUGAAGCCAUGAAGAUAAACUUUAUUUUAAUUUUCUGGUUUAACAACCUCACUAGUACUGCGUCGUAACAACAUCACUAGUAUUGCCUCGAAAUGCAAAUGUGAAAUGUCGGCAGAAAAAUACGGGCGCUUCCGAUACUUUACGAAAAUCCGGACUGGACACCAUGAUCAUCAUCGCUCAUCGCGUUUGUGUACUAUGUGAUAAUGGCUAGCCCGCAAACGGGCUAGCCACAAAAAGUAAACAAUAAUGUAGAAUGCAUUAAGGUACAUUACUCCCAACUUCAAAAUGGCCUUGUGGGUAUCUUGUGCUACAAAAUAGCAUAUAUAAUCAUUCCUUUGAUCCCCGAAAUUAUUGAUGUGUUUUGUGUGCUUUGUUAUAGCAUAUCAUGGUCUUUCUGUGUCAGCAAUUCAGCCAACCCAUCAGACGAUGCAGCCAACCCAUCAGACGAUGCAGCCAACCCAUCAGACGAUGCAGAAUCUUCAUAAUCCACAUGUGACUACGCAACAGCAAACAUCGGUUAGUCUUAUUAUUAUCUCUAAGACCAAGGAUAAAUUUCAGUAAGGACCUUUGAAGCAAACAAGAUGGCAAGAUCUCCAGCUUAGGUCAAAGUAGAGCUCCCUUUGAGGAGACUGAGGAGUAAAAUUGUCCGGCAUUAGACAGAGUAAUAUAACAAAGUAUGGUGCAUUAGGGUGCAGUGCAACUUACUGGGGUAGUAGUAGAACUAUAUUUAUACAUGCUGACCCCGUCAACCAUAACUGAUUUCCAUGGGGGCGUGUAAAAGGGUAGCUAGACACAUGGGCAGAUAGUCUGAUUAUUAUUAAUUAAACCCCAAGAACCUUUUGAAUCUUCAGUGACUUUUUUGAUAUUACAGAGACCUUCAGUGAUCAUACAGUUGGAUGGACCUAAUGAUAGCGACAGUGAUGAUGACGACGAUGAUGAUGAUUUUAAUGAUCUUAGUCAUGAUGAUGAUGGUGAAGAUAAACCUCAGGUCUCUUGAAUGAAUAAGUCAUAAUAGUCAUCAGGGUGUUGUCGUAGUUAUAUUGACUUGUUUGCAAGGCUUUACAGUCUACUCGGUGCACUAACCAACUUGGCCCACCGUUCAAGGACACACUCAUAAACUGACUAAUCUAACCAUUGAACAAGCUAGGAGCCAUGAUGAUGACUAUGUCUAUCUUUGCAAAUUUUGAGAGAGAUUUGAAAAAUCAAUAAUUUAGUAAAACGGACAGAUCGAGAAUUUGAAACAUUGAUAGAUUCUUUAAAUUAAGUCAAACUGGAGAUUCUCUUGUGAUAUUGAUUUAGAAAUUGCUCAGAGCCAAUUGCAAUCAAACUUUACUCAUCUGUACGCCCAAUGCAUCUGCAAAUGGCUGUAUCGGUUUGGUGCUGCUUUUUGUAAAAUAUUAAUAAGCUUCCCUAAUAUGUCAAACAGUAGUUAACUAUAGGGCCGAGAUGGUAUGGGCCGAGAUGGUUAAUGGGCCGAGUUGGUUAAUGGGCCGAGUUGACCAGUUUCCUUUGCAAGGUUUGAUUUCGUUUUAGAUCGUAAACUUUGCCGGUCCGAUUUAUAGCACAUUCUGAGGUCUGCGUGUUUAUUUUGAACGCUGUCUCUUUAGGAAGACGGAGACCCGUUAAAUUCUGAAGACGACGUGUCCGACGAUGACAGCUCGGAUCUUUUUGAUACAGAUAACGUUGUUGUUUGUCAGUUCGAUCGGGUAUGUGUUUCUAACAUUCAUCCCCCAAGCCAUUAUCCUUCACCACUGCGGCUUGGCCACUAGAAAGGGAAGAGAUUAUUUCGCUGGCCUCAAAGUGACAAAACGUAACAAAGCAACGGUUUUACUAACACUAACCCUACUCCAAACAUCAACUCUAACCGUAAUCCUAACCCUAACCCAACCCUACUCCAAAUUUGUUUCUAAACCAAUCUUGAAGAAAAAAAGUUUUGACGAAAUGUUAUUCUGAGGUCAGCGAAAUAGUUGAUUCCACUAGAAAGCCUGCCACUGAUCCUGAGUGAAAUCUGGAUAGGUCCCUUGUCUGUUUGUUUCAUGGUAAAAUAUUCAAAAUAGGAUAAACUGUUCUCGUGAUUCUACUAUAAGGAAAACGGGAUGGCCCAAUCAUGAUUCAUUAGUACUGAAAAGGAAGUCAGUUGAAUAUUUUUAGGUAAUGAAGUGUAUCUCAAAGUAAAUUAAAUUUAUAAUCUACUUUUCUUUUUACCACAGAUUACAAGAAGUAAAAACAAGUGGAAGUUUCAUCUGAAAGAUGGUAUCAUGAACUUGAAUACUAAAGAUUAUGUGUUCACAAAAGCAACUGGGGAAGCUGAAUGGUAGUGGUUGUGUUGGGUAUUUUAGAAUUUAGAUCAGUAUACCGUAUUACUCAAAAUUGAUUGAAACCACUUGAGGCUACUAAUUGUUGCAAAUUAGUUCCCUCUUGCGGACGGGGGCAGCCAAUACUAUAUGGCAUUGUUACUAAUUUUGUUGUGAAAAACAUAUGCAACGUGUUAGGUAUUGGUAAAAUUCUCGAUCCAUAACUGCCCGGAUUUUCCUCGAUCGUUGGGUUGAAGUCUUGCCUUACAUUGGGCCAUAGUUAAUCGGGCGUAUUGGCCGUAUUAUAUAUUAGAGACGUCUGCACGAGUUAAACGCCUUGUGUAGUUGUGUUAAGUGCAACUAAUAUGAACCAUAGAAAUCUUAUGAUAUGAACUAGCAUGAAACCACAAAAAUAUAAAAUACAAAGGUUCAGAUUUGACUUCAAUAUCCUCUCACAAGCUUAAUACGCAUUUGAUUGGUCCAUCGGGUAGAAUAUAAAUGCAUCUGAUUGGUUAAUGGUAGCGGUUGUGGAAGUCAAACUCUGAACUUCCCCAAUAUUUCGAUUUGACAACAAUUUAGAGUGUUUGUUUUCUAAGUGCGUCCAAAUAUAGUCCUCUCGUGUUUAACUAUCUUAUUUUCCGUCUUUAUAUUAGACUACAGACUACUAAGUUGUCCAAAAGGCGUUAAAUACGUCUUCUAAUAUAGAUACGCCAUUCCACUGAUGAAGAUCUGGGCUCUACGGCUUGAAUACUUUGCCAUAUAAUUAAACGUUGUGUUUUUCACAAAAAAAACAACAAUUACUUAUCGCCAUGCGAACGGCUAAAAGAAGAAAAAUCCAUUAAACACUGACAGUAUUACAGAAAGUACAAAGUGAAGCAAAGCAGGUGAAAAGCACCUACUGAAACUAAAUAUAUGAGCAAUGAAAAAGAAGACAAGUUUAAUAAGGUAUAAUUUCGUUCGGUAUAAAAGGUUUGGGUUGAAACCUAUUUUGUAAUAGAAGAAUUUAGCAACAUAUGAAAACGCCAUGAAAAGUUCUGAAUCUAUAUUG